GUGGAUAAAUCCCGGCGAGCGCAGGAGAGCGGCUGCGAGGGAGCCGGGCAGAACCGUAGCGCCGGAGUCUCGUCCCUGCAGCCUGCGCGGCCGGAGCCAGUCCCGGCGCCAUGCUCCUCAUCCCGCUGCCAGCCUGGCUGGCCCUGGGCAUCCUGCAGCUGCCCCUCGGCAGCGCCCAGGAGUGCCUGAGCCCGCAGCAGGCGCUUGGGGCGGUGCGGCAGAUGCAGAAGCUGCUGGCAGCGCAGGAGGCUGCCCAGCUGCGGGGCACGCGUGGGCUCCGGCAGCAGCUCUCCCUCCUCCAGAGCCGCCUCCAGAGACAGGCCACCAAAGGCAACGAGACCUGUCCGCAGCCAGCGGUGCCCCUGAACGGACGGAUGCUGGGCCGGAGCGUGCGGGUGGGCCACGACGUUCACUUUGUCUGCGACGUCGGCUUUAGGCUGGUGGGCUCGGAGACGCGCACCUGUCGGCAGGACCGCACGUGGAGCGGCACCCAGCCCUUCUGCAGAAGUAUCGAUGACUGCUCCAGCAACCCAUGUGCCAACGGUGGGACCUGUGUGGAUGGCAACCAGAGCUACACGUGCCUCUGCCACCGGGGCUGGUCAGGCCCCAGCUGCAAGAGCCCCAUCUAUGCCUACUGGGUGACGCUAAGCAACACCUCCUUCAGCCGCCAGCCCCGCUGUGCCGAGAGCCGCCCGGGCGCCCGGCGCUGCAGCUGCGAUGCCGGCUUCCAGAUGCGGGCCGGCGGCGUGUGCCACGAUGUGGAUGAGUGCCAGCUCUUCCAGUCCAACCCCCAAACCCGGCUCUGCCUCCACGACUGCCUCAACCUCCCCGGAUCCUACCGCUGCCUCUGCCCCCCCGGCUACCUGCUGCACGCCGACAGCAACACCUGUGAGGACGUGAAUGAGUGCGCCGGGAAGCAGCACAACUGCAGCCAGGGCGACCUCUGCAUCAACACCUUCGGGGGCCACCGCUGCGUGCGCCCCAAGUGCCCCCCGCCGCGCCACAACACCAGCUACGUCAAGACCUCCGCCUUCCAAUGCGAGAGGAACCCCUGCCCCAUGGAGAGCCAAGCCUGCCGCCUGGCCGCCACCUCCAUCUCCUUCCACUACCUGCCGCUCCAGGCCAACCGCACUGUGCCCCACGUCCUCUUCAAGAUGUCCACCACCCGCUUUGUGGGCGACAGCCUGCGCUUUGCCAUCACGGGCGGCCGGGGCCAGGGGGUCUUCACCGUGCGGCGCUCCGACCGGCAGACGGGAGAGCUGGUGCUCACCAGCCCCGUGGUGGGGCCGGCCACACUGGAGGUGGAGCUGGAGAUGAGCGAGUUCUCCCGCAAGGUCCUCCUGGGCAAGCACAUCUUCAAGGUCACAGCCUUCGUGUCCCCGUAUGAGUUUUGA